UUUCUCUCAGUUGAGAGUUGGCCUGUGGCAAGGCCAUACUUUUUUACUGCCGGAGAAUCUAGUUUUGUUCGAAUUUUUCAUAGUAAAGCGGGUUCGUCAGCCGGUUUCAUCUGUUCAGUAGUACUAGCAUUCAUUUACACGCGUUGAUUCCGCAUGCAGUAGAAUGACCCUUCUCGAGUGGUUUAUUGCGGUGCUUUUCGGAGUGCUCGGGGUUAAUUACUUGCUGGUGCGUAGGAAUUUGAAAUACGGCAAGCAGUGGCCUGGACCGGCAGCAUUUCCGCUAGUCGGAUGCUAUUAUCUGUAUCUGAAUUUGAGUCCUGAAGAUGUCCUGAACUUCGUUUAUUCAUUAAAUCUCCGCUACGGCAAACUAUUCUGCGUUUGGAUCGGAACUCGGUUGUCGCUGUUUUGUACCAACACCCGUGACUCGGAAACCGUCCUUAGCAGCCAGAAGUUGAUUCGCAAAUCCGAACUGUACAAAUUUCUCGUACCAUGGCUUGGAAAUGGGUUGCUAUUGAGUACGGAUCAGAAGUGGUUCAACAAGCGCAAGAUCCUCACGCCGGCUUUUCAUUUCAAGAUACUAGAACAGUUCAUUGAAGUGUUUGACCGACAGAGCGGCAUCCUUGCGCGAAAGCUAGCACCGGAAGCGACCGGAAAGUUGGUCAAUAUUUAUCCGUAUGUUACACUGGCAGCUUUGGAUAUUAUCUGUGAGACGGCGAUGGGAACCGCCAUCAACGCACAGACGGAUUCUGAGUCAAAGUAUGUAAAAGCGGUCACUGAGUUGAGCUACUUAUUGGCUGGUCGUUUUGUCAAGGUUUGGCAAAGAUCAGACUUUCUUUUCAAUCUAUCACCCGAUCGAAGGCGUCAGGACAAGGUAAUCAAAGUGCUGCAUGACUUCACAACAAGAAUUAUUCAAUCGCGAAGACAAGAAUUGUUGGAAAGUGGUGCCCAGGGCUUAGCUGGUGAUGAAAGCAUUGGUAGUAAGAAAAAAAUGGCGUUUUUGGAUGUCCUGCUGCAGGCUACCAUUGAGGGACGUCCUUUGACAGACAAAGAAAUCCAGGAGGAAGUGGACACCUUCAUGUUUGAAGGGCAUGAUACGACCACCAUUGCGAUUGCUUUUACUCUGCUGCUGCUGGCUCGGAAUCCAGACAUUCAGGAGAAGGUUUAUAAGGAAAUCACGGAAAUUAUUGGUACAGACUUGAACACCCCGGUUACUUAUCGAAACUUGCAGGACAUGAAAUACUUAGAGAUGGUAAUCAAGGAAUCACUUCGUUUAUAUCCACCAGUACCUAUAAUUGCGCGCAAAUUCACGGAGAAAACCACAAUCGAUGGAAAAACGGUUCCGGAAGAUACCAACUUCAAUCUGGGCAUCAUUUUGAUGCAUCGUGAUCCAACAUUAUUUGAGGACCCAGAACGCUUCGAUCCCGAACGCUUCAACCCGGAAAGAACCAUGGAACAGUCAUCCCCCUACGCAUACAUUCCAUUCAGCGCUGGACCUAGAAAUUGUAUAGGUCAAAAAUUCGCCAUGUUGGAACUCAAGAGUACUCUGUCAAAAGUGAUUCGCCAUUAUCGGCUCACGGAAGCAGGACCGGAGCCAAAGCUGAUUAUGCAAUUAACUUUGAAACCAAAGGAUGGGUUGGAGAUAGCUUUUGUGCCACGGACUUGAAGAUUACAAACGAUCGGUGCACACUUACAGACUGGAAAUGUGAUAUCAAUAAAGGAUGUGUUUUAUUACUAUAUAUAAUUUUUAUAAACCAUAGUUGUUGAAACACUA